AUGGCUGUUGAAACUCAAGACACCAAACUCAACUUGGCAUUAACAGAAAAACUUCUCAACCUUAAUGAGAAUGUUGGGACGGGUAGAAAAGAUCCUGCUAUUAAAGGAGGUCUAGGAUAUUCUAAAUAUUGGUAUGCCAAUAUCCUUCCAGUCAUCUCCAUCGUCAAAUAUUUAUACGCGAUGACUGGAGUGACUGGUUGGAUUUAUCUGGACGAAAAAGAUAAA